GGGAUUUUUUUUUUUACUUUCACUAUUAUUUCUGCUUCUCUACAGUAUAUAAGCUGUGUCUGAUUACAAACAGACCAUACCAACCAUUCGACAUGUUGUGUCUACUGAUCUUAAUUUUAAGCCUCAUAAACAGAGCUUUUUCAGAUAUUGUAGCACAAGGAGCCACAGCUGUUGAGUUCGGUCAAGAUGCGUCAUUCUCUUGUGCGCUGUCAGAUGCGUCUGGUGUCAAACAAAUCACCUGGCAGCGGGUGCGCAACACGGAACCGGUACAAACUCUGGCUACAUACAGCGACCUCUUCAAGGAUCAUGUGGAUGACCAAUAUGUCGGAAAAGUCAAUUUCACAGCAGCGUCAGUUAAUUCAGCGUCCAUUGAGAUCAAAAACGCAACAUUUGAAGACGAGGCUUGCUACAUUUGUUCCUUCAAAGUGUAUCCAUUCCAGCCUAAACGACAAACCAUGUGCCUCACUGUUAAAGGUAUAUCAGAAAUAACAGCAUCAGUGAAUCCUGCACCUAAUUCUGAUCCAGAUGUUGUAGUCUCAUGUUCAGCCACUGGUAAACAGGCUCCAACUAUCCUCUGGAAAUCUGCAGAGAAAGAGUUGAACUUUGGGUCAAAUAAUUUCACAACUCUCAACAAAGACAGUUCCACAACCAUUACGAGCAACAUCACGCUUCCACUGUCACAGUUUCAUGGGAAGUAUGUGGAAUGUGUGACUCAGAGUGACGGCAUAGAGAAGAGCGUCCAUAUCCUUGUGCCUGAUGAAGAUGAUAAAGUGAACAACGGUCCAAGAAGUUACAUCGUUACAGUUUCAGUCCUCAUUAUCAUGACUGUUGUGGUUCUUGUCAUUAUUGCCAUCUGUCUUUACACCAAACUAAAGAGAGCUAUUUUUGGGAUUAAAUCUACUUAUGAGGAACCACUUAAUGCCCCAAACGAGGAAUGUUAACUUUGCUGCUACCUUUAUAGUAUGGAUUUUUGCUCAUGACCUUUGUUAAUAUGAACUUUUGGGUUCUAAACUGUAUAUUAAUAUUCCUUAAAGGAAUCUUGAAUCUCUUGUCUAGUAUUUAUUUAAUUUAUAUAUUUAUUUGUUGUGCAUUAGUACAGUUAAAUACAUAAUAUUAUGACAGAGUAUUUUGAUCACAGAGAAUUAUUAUAUCAUAGACAGAUGAUAUUUAUUCUGUAACUUUAGAUUUUAAGGCUCCUAUAUUUGCACUUUAUGACUCAUUUGAAUGUACUGGCAUGCACUGAAUAAUUUUUCAGUUGUGUCUACUUGUGAAGUUUAGUCUGUGACAGUAAUUUAUAAAUUCACAAAAAUGCAGGCUCUCUACUAGUCUUGAUAUUUACCCACAAUCCUUCAUGUCACACACCAUAGUGUUACAGCAAUGUGUUGAGCAAUGACAGAGAUUUAGGGAAGAAAAAGCAUUAUUACCCAAUACAAACAGAUAAGCUAAAGGCUGAAACCCCUAGUUUUCAGCAGUGUGUAACAAAAUGAAAGUUAUAUCAUUAAUGGAAACAGAAGCUGCUUUGUGGUUUCCUGCAUGAAACUCUUAAGGCUACAAAGAGAGACAACUGGCAUUUGUUAUUAAUUGUACUAUUGUUUGUUGUUGACUGCAACAAACUAAAUAGAAGUGUGUCUUGCUGGCAAAAAGUACUGUAAAUCAAACAUAUUUGUGUUUCUGAAAUAUUUCUGUAUUAUAACCCUAGGUAUGUUACAGUAUGUGUCUAACCAGUAAUAUGUGAUUGCACUGAAAUAAAAAAAAUAUGAACUGUUGGA